AUGGUGUCUGGUGGUAUUCGAAGAUGGCAGCAGUUCGUGCAGGAGUUGGUGAUGAUUGCCGGCACAUCCGCAUCUGCUUAUUUCCUCAUCCGAUACUUGUUAUCGCGCAUUGAUCUCGACCCUGAAAGCCAGAAGAAAGAAGAACAAAGGAAGAAGUCGGCAGCUAUUUUGCGAAGGCUUGACGGGCCCGACUCCGACGAUGAGGCCCCCGGUAGAAGUGGCUCGCGCCGGCGGAGCAAGCAGAAGAAAGAAGAAUUAACCUUGAAUCAAUACGAGCAAGCUAUUGCAAUGGACGUUGUGGCCCCAGAGGAUAUUCCGGUGUCGUUCGAGGAUAUUGGUGGGCUAGACGAUAUUAUUGAGGAGUUGAAAGAAUCCGUGAUUUACCCUUUGACUAUGCCUCAUCUCUACACUUCAACGUCAUCGUUACUCACUGCGCCUUCUGGUGUUUUACUAUACGGACCUCCAGGCUGUGGCAAGACGAUGCUUGCCAAAGCGCUGGCUCACGAAAGCGGGGCUUGUUUUAUCAAUUUACACAUCUCCACCCUCACGGAAAAGUGGUAUGGAGACUCCAACAAAUUGGUCAAUGCGGUUUUCAGUUUGGCCAGAAAAUUACAGCCAUCUAUAGUCUUUAUUGAUGAGAUCGAUGCGGUUUUGGGCACACGGAGGAGCGGUGAGCAUGAAGCCAGUGGCAUGGUCAAAGCCGAGUUCAUGACACAUUGGGACGGAUUGACAUCCGCCAAUUCCAUGGGAGAGCCACAGCGGGUUGUGGUUCUGGGCGCUACAAAUCGGAUUCAAGAUAUCGACGAGGCUAUUCUCAGGCGUAUGCCCAAAAAGUUCCCCGUCAGUCUGCCUCCAGCUGCGCAGAGGCUUCGUAUUCUUGCCCUCGUUCUCAAGGAUACGAAGAUUGACCGCGCAAACUUUGAUCUUGAGUAUCUUGUAAGCGCUAUGUCAGGGAUGUCCGGCAGUGAUAUCAAAGAGGCCUGUCGGGAUGCUGCCAUGGUUCCCAUGCGAGAACUUAUUCGAGAGAAGAAAGCCGCUGGCAUUCACAUGACGACUGUUGAGCCCAGAGAAGUACGGGGCUUACGCACGGAGGAUUUCUAUAAUCGUGCCGGUAGCGGCUUGAAGAUCAUCCCCAAACCCCAGUCGACGCCACAGCGGGAGAGCACGAUCGUAAAGGAGAAGGACGAUAAAGAAUGGGCGACCGAGUCUGAGGGAGCAGGGGAGGAAGAUGAGGAAGAGGCCCGGCCCCCGGCUGCAGUACUUCGUGCUGUUUCCGAGCCACCUGAAUCGGUCUUGGCGGCGGCGGGAGGCAGUGCGGACUCCCGCGCAGGAACGGGCCCGCUGUCACGAGUUAACAUACGCCAUUUCGUGGCUAGAUUCUGUGCAGAAACCGACUCGUGCUGGGUGAUUCCUGUCACUUUAGUGGCUGGUGACUUCCCCGUAAUGAGCUCCAAUAGCGACUCCCUCGAUGGUCUCGGCCCGGCGAUCUCGAGUGCCAGCCUGAGUCGGAGAUCGAACACCUCCGUGCGACCCCGUAAUAGAAAGCUUAUAUCUGUGAGCGAGGACGACGAGGAAGAUGGAACGCAGGCCACAACUUCUAGACUUACUUCUUCGUUCGCUGGAUUAACCCCUUCUCAGUCCCGGGGUACAACACCUUCACCGCAUCCUUCGCGAAGGAGUUCUCCCCUUCCUCAGAAGGGCUUUUCACGGGUAUCCGAAAGGGAUGUUGAUAACAACAGAUAUAGUGAAAGGCUGGGGGGCAGAGAUACUUUUAAGCCAUACGGCUCGUCACAAGCUUCAUCUGGAUUUUUUGAGUCGUCGUGGUCGUCUAUCCAGAGUCUCGCAUCAUCAGUCCUAGGAAACGAAGUCAAAUGGGGCAAGCCAGGGUCUUCUUCCACAUUUCCAACCAAACGCCGAAAACCUUCUCGAUCUGAUAUACCUGUUAGUCUGUCCAAACAGACAGGGCCUUCGUCAUGGGGUCCUCCGGUUCCUUCAACGCCACAAAUUGGCAUCGGAACGAAGGAAGAGCGGCAAGCUAUGGUCCAGGCAAAGAAAAGAGAGGUGCUACUACUUGCUAAUGGUGAUCCGUUAUCGGAUCUCAGAGCUCAAUACAAGCGAAAGGAUUCAAUUGAGAGCCCGGAUACUAGGGCGAUGGAUCCUGAGCAGGAUGAAGAAGCAUUAGUAUACGUUCAUCAUGUACAGCCAAGCGAUACAAUGACGGGACUUUCGAUUAAGUACGGUUGUCAGCUUGCGAUUUUUAGGAAGGCGAACGGAUUCUGGCCAAGCGAUAGCAUACAAAUGAGGAAGACGGUGCUGUUACCGGCCGAAGCAUGUUCAGUCAAAGGACGAAGAGUGAACCAAGACAACAAUAUUGAUCUUCUAGGAGAUGGACUAUCAGGCCAAGGAUCUCAGGAAGACCUUGGUGGAAGCUCGAUAGUACCGCGUGAGUCUCGACCCGAACAAAAUGAGACUCAACAACAAACAAGCGACGAAAGCGAGCGGAUUUGGAAACACGAAGCAUGGGUACAGAUGGAAGGCUUUCCUAGCCCCGUGGAAAUUGGUCGUGUACCACGCAAAACAUUAGGAUUUUUCCCACGUUCAAGGCGAAAAUCCUUGUCGCUUCCAUACUCUGAUGCGGAACCUUCAACUCCCGUAUCGACAGCAUCAACACUUCAACGAAUAGAUUCCUCUUCCCAAUCGAACCAGCGCGACACUUCUCCUCGUCUAACUUCAGGGCCCCAUUCAUCGCUCAGAGGGAGCCGUACGGCUCAUAGACGCACGGGGAGUAUUACGCUACAGGGACCAGGUGGCGUUGGGACGCUUGGUCGCGAAGUCCAUGCUCCAGGUCCUGCACAAGACGGAUUGAACAAGUUCGUCUCGCAACAUCUCCCCAAUCUCACCGUGCCUCCACCGCCGGCGCCUUCAUCGUCUUUGCGCAAAGCCUCAUUCGACUCCAACUCGAGCGUGCUUUCAUCAAGUAGCACGGGACUGGAAAACGUCGGUGGAGCUAUUGAAGGAUGGAUGAGGAAAAUGGCACUUCGAGCACAAACAAGUCUGAAUGAACUACACCAGCAGCCGUCAUCACAAGGACAGGCACUUGGAAUUGCGGGAUUGGGUGAUCUUAUCGAACUCAACGAUGGACUUGAAGGAACCACGCCUCCUUCUUCGUUUGCUGCUGCCAGCAAUAACCUCGACAGCCGAAAUGGUUACUUCGCAGGACGCAACAGUAACAAUCAAGCUACUGGCAACUCACAAUACCAGCGCUUUUCCAAAUCACCUUCAUCGAUGAGUCGCACUCGUCCUCGUCCUGGUCAGGAUGAACCACAUAAUAAACAUGACUAA